UAUUUGGCACUUCGCUUGGAACAGCCGGUGCACCAGGUUUUUGGGCAUGGAAUUAUGAUUAUGUGCUUUUGCUUACAAGAAUACCAGAUGUACCGAAAGAAGAGAUGUGUUGUUCAUAGAAUGGCUUCAAUUUGUUUGUGGAAGAAGGUAUGGCUGGUUCUCAUCACCUUCAACAAGACGUUCCGCGACUCCUGCAUAAACUUCUCUUCAUGUUCUCCCUUGCUGUGGUUUGCGCGUCGCUGUACUUCAUUCUCUCCGGCUGCUGUGAUUUUAUUUUAGUGGAUACUGAGAAACAUUUGAAGAAAACCUCUCAACUUUUACCUUUGCCUUUGCUGUUCCAAAGGAAGAAUGCCUCGGCUACAGAUGUCGGUGUGCGCUCAGCAUCCCCCUUCGGCAGCGCAGGUGCGACAGGUGCAGUUGGUGCGCAAUCAGUCAGUGUUGGUAAGGACUGGACCGCAACGAGGAGGCUACCCCAAGCAAUCAUCAUAGGGGUGAAAAAGGGCGGAACACGAGCUCUUUUGCAAUUCCUAAGACUUCAUCCUGACAUUCGAGCACUUGGCUCUGAACCCCACUUUUUCGACAGACAUUACUCACGUGGGUUGAAUUGGUACAGGAACCUGAUGCCCAAAGCUCUGGAGGGCCAGGUGGUCCUGGAGAAGACACCCAGGUACUUUGUGACGGCGGAUAGCCCCGGCCGGAUCCACUCCAUGUCCCAGGAGGUCAAACUGAUCGUGGUGGUGCGUGACCCUGUGACCCGCGCCAUCUCUGACUACACCCAGAUCAUAUCCAAGACUCCGGGCGUUCCCAGCUUUGAGACCCUGACGUUCCAUAACGGGACGGAGGAGGCGCUGAAGGUGGACAAUCUGUGGAGCCCCAUCUGGAUUGGCCUGUAUGCUCUGCACCUGGAGAGGUGGCUGGCCCACUUCCCCUUGGAACAGAUCCACUUUGUCCAUGGGGAGAGGCUGGUGAGCGACCCUGCAGGGGAGCUGGGCAGAGUCCAAGACUUUCUGGGACUUCAGAGGAUCAUCACAGACAAACACUUCUACUUCAACAAGACAAAGGGUUUCCCCUGCCUGAAGAAGCCAGAGGGCAGCAGCAAGCCCCACUGCCUGGGCAGAACCAAGGGCAGGCCACAUGCUGACAUCCACCCUCAGGUCAUCCUCAGGUUACGUCAGUUCUACCAGCCACACAACCUGCGCUUCUACCAGAUGACAGGGCAGGACUUUGGCUGGUAGGAUGGGAGCCUAGAAUGAGGUGGAAAAAAGAUGAUACCAUCGUUACUGUUCAAAACACAGGCUGCACGAAGAGGAUACAGGACAAGGCUUGAAUUGGUGUAUUUUGUGACGGUCCUGAUGUCAUCUGGAUUAACUCAAGUCCUCAUGCAACCUGUAUUGGCAAACAAAUCAAAACAGUCACACUUUAUUUUGUGACAGUUAAACAGCAAGAAGUAACGUGAGUAAUGCCAUAGGCCUUCUGUUUAACACCAUGGACAUACAGAGGAAAGGGACAGCAACAUCCACCGUCAGAAAGCAGGUCCUCAGAACUCUAGUGUGAACUUACCCUUUACUCCACUAGAUGGCAGUCCUUCCCAACAGAGGCUUAGACAGUAUUGUCGAAGUACUGUAAACUACUUGGAAAAAUGUGGAUUUGUUGUCAUGAUCGUCAUACACAUUUUUUUCUGUAGUCAGAUUGAGCAAGUAUUACCAUAAGAAAUGACAUGGCAUCCCAUAAUUUAAAUCCAAGACAAUUCAAGGCAGCUGCAUGGGCAAAUACUUGAAAUAUUUAGUAGUCCUGCAUUGAUCCAUUCAGUCUGUAGUCGUUUGCAAUUUCCUCAAUAUUGCCAAGAAUCAUAGACAGAUUCACAGUCUGUAUUGUCCUCAAUUUCUGACAAAGUUUGUGUUCAAUACACUUCCUGUGUAUGUUUAUGGGUGCUGCUUUUUCUUCAUUACAUUCUGAAGCAAAUAUUAAGAUCCAACUUUCUCUCAAACACAAACUUACAUACAGCACAUAUAAACAUAAGCACCAUAUUGUAACCUACUGUACGUGUUGGAAAUAGCCGUCUGUACACCAAGCAUCCAUAUGGCAACUAGACUUGGCUGAUAUUUGCAGCCCCAUGCCGAAUGUGGCAACAAAACUACUAACAUAGCUUGUAAAAACAGCUUUACCAUCUGCUCCAGAAUAACAGUAAUGAUAAUAAUAGUCAUGGCCUUGGCUCUAGAAACAUACAGGAGGAAGUUGAGGACAAGUGUUGUUUAUUCAGUCAGCUCCAUGUUCCUUUGGCCAUAAUAUUAGUAAUGAUCUUCUCAAUGGGAUCCAUUAUGCCCUAUAUAGUCCAGUGAGUUUGGGAUCCUGUAUAUGAGAGCACAUUUAUGGUCAUUUUAAUGAAGAGGUCACCAAGCCUGGUCCUCUAAAGCCUUAUAGAUCUGAUAGGCCCUGUUCUGAUACUGUGAUUAUGGAUCCUUUCUUCCUCCCUUUUGUGUUUUGAAUUGGAACCUAUCCAAUCAUGUUGGAGCAGUCAUAACCUCAAUGAAGGGAAGAUGGAAGGUACAUUCUAAUAGUAUUGGAAUGGGGCCCUGCAGGCCCUGCAGGCCCAGGGUUGGUGACCACUGUCUUAGCAGUAGGCCUCUCCCUGUGGUUCUGUCAUGCUGUCCAGGCCCAUUACAUAGGCUGCUCCA